AUGUCUAGAACUCCAAAUAGCAAUUCCAUUUCCAUAAAUCUCUUCAUCACCCUUUCUUUCUCUGUAUUAGCUAGCUAUAGCAAUGUCGUCGUCGACGCCUCGCCAACAAAUUUAAUCAAUGGAAGUAGUUUGCGGGGAAUGUUCAUAUUUGGCAGCUCAAUUGUUGACAAUGGAAACAACAAUAAUUUGUUUGGUAAUUUUGCCAAGGCCAAUUAUUUACCAUAUGGUAUUGAUCUUGCAUUGGGUCCAACCGGCCGAUUUUCGAAUGGAAAGAAUGUAGCCGAUCUUAUUGCUGAUCACCUUAAGCUUCCUAUUGUUCCACCCUUCUCUGAUCCUAAUACUAAGGGUAAAUCUAUUGUUCAUGGUGUUAAUUUCGGGUCCGGUGGUUCGGGCAUCCUCGAUGUAACUGGUGUUUUACUGGGUGUUACAAGUAUGAACAAUCAAAUUAAGAAUUUUAGGAACAAGAUUUUGCCUCAAUUGGAGACGGAAAUUGGGCGUAAAGCACACAAAAUACUUCCUGAGUACUUGUUUUUGGUGGGAGCUGGAAAUAACGAUCACUCUUCCUAUUACCUCUUGCACCAAAACAUCAUUUGGACCCCCAAAGUCUUUGCUGCUAAGCUUAUCAGUAACUUGCUUGCUCAACUCAAGGAGUUAUACGAUUUGGGAGCUAGGAAAUUCUUACUGUUAUCUGUGUAUCCAGUUGGGUGCAAUCCAGUUUUAGCCAAAAACAAAGAUAAUUGCGUAAAAGAACUGAAUGCAGCUGUUUAUUUAUAUCAUGAUCAAUUGUUGGUUAUGGUUAAACAUAAGAUUGACCAACAUAUGCCUGCUGCUCAAUUUUCUGUGGUCAACUCGGCCAAAAUCAUCACCGGCAUGAUACAAAAUGCGAACGCAUCAGGUUUCACGAAUGUGGAUUUUACUUGUUGUGAUACUAGCAUGCUGGGAGGUCUUUGCAAGAAGAAGGGUAAAGUUUGCCCAAAGAGGGACGAAUACGUUUACUUUGAUGGCUUGCACCUUACCGAAGCUGCCAAUGCUAUCCUUGCAACUAAAGCUUACAAUUCCAUUGAUAGCUCUGAAGUUUUUCCUGUUAAUCUUGAAAAGUUGGUCCAAUUUUAA